AUUCUUUCAUAUAAAACGAUAUCGAAGCCCGGCUACUCGAAUUACAUCUUCGUCGCCGAUUAAAUCACUUGUCCAUACCGACUCUCUGCUGUUCUACUCGACGGUUAAGUCCUCUUCAUAAUAAUGCCUUCUUCAAAACCUAAGCCUUCCGAAGUUGCGGCGGAAACGAAGCGACAUUACAUCCCGGUCAUAAGAGCGGAAUACGCCCGCCAAUGGCCAACCCAUUCCUAUCUGUUCCAACAGCCGCUGGCGCAGAUUCCGCUCCAGAGCUCAAUCAGCGGCUUUUCUCCAUCCCCUCCGGAAUUUUAUGUUUGCUCGGGGGAUCCUGUUGACUUUGCCAUUGAUUGGAAAGAGAAGGUAAACAUUCGGAUACCAUUUAUAUGCGCGGCGAAUGACAAGAGAGCUGGCGGCGACUGGGAGACCGGUGUAGUGGGAUAUGAAGAACGACUCUGUAGACGCAGUAAUCUCUCAGCAACUCUUAGCACCCCUGGUCCCGGAUCUGACGUUGAGAGCAACUAUCCCAUCCCGUCAGAAGGUGGUAUCUACUCCGAGUUUGUUGUCGUAUUCCGCGGGCCACACGACCAGUACAAGAAACUAGACCAAUGGUACGACCUUCCAGUAGUCUCGAUGCCGGCGGCGCGCUGGCCAAAGCUGAGCCACGGCGGUUCCAAAUAUGCAUUCCCGCUGGAGCGCGAAAUGGUCAGGAACAAGAUCCGCGCCGCCCUGCGCAUCUGCGUCUACUACGAACAUCGGACCGUUGUUAUCGGCGACUUCGGCCUAGGCAACGGCCACCGCAACCCACCACAGGAGCUCGCAGAACUCUGGCGCGAAGUGUUCCUCUACGACCCGGAUAUUCGUGGCCGCUUUGACUACGUCGCCUUCGUGUUUGAGGAUCAGUACCAGAGCACCGCGAAGCUGAUCCUCGACGACAUUGCCAAGAAAAGCAGGGGCAGCAGUGGUCACGGGCACAGCCAUAGUCACAGUCACAGUCACAGUCAUAGUCACCAUUCCAGCAGCUCGAAGAGCAAGUCGAAGGCAUCCUCCAGCUCGAGCUCGAGCACCAGUACCGGCUCUGCAUCGGCGCCGAGCGACUUCGAGAUAUUCUCGCGCGUCUUCGACCCCAGCGAGAUCCAGGGUGUCAUGAGUCGACCGGAUCCCCGAUACGGCAUCUCUAUGCUUACAUCGUGAAAAAGGAAAGGAGAAAGUUCUAACACGUGCGGGACGUUGAGUCCUCGUACGUCAUUACACAGCGUCGAGUGUUAUACGAACCCGUGUGGGUGGAUUCAACAACCCGACGAUCCGGUCGUAUACCGGAUUUUUUUUCAAGUCAAUUCAUCAUCAAUUCAAGGGUUGGGAAAUUUUGAUUAUUUAUCUUUUGGAAUCGAGUAAUUGUGUGUGAGUCUUUGGAUAGGUAUAAAGAGUAAAGAGCCGGUUGUCAUGUCAAUUUUUCAUGUAUUCUAAUCACUUUAUGCUACGUUCCCUGUUUCUAUCACAUAAUGAUAUAUCAUAAUAUCAUCUUGAAUAAUCUCC